UAUCUGUCUAUCUAUCUAGCCAGCCUUCAUUCCUGCACACACGUACAAACCGGUUCAGUGUCAGUGUGUAAGAAGCAUGUAAAGGCACCCCGUCGGGACACUGAUUUACUGGAUUUUAUAGGAGUCGCGGUGUGCAUCCGUUUUGGGUUGCGGCUCCGCCCGGUGUGCGGUGCACCAGGCUCACUGACUGCACAGAGUUUUAUUGGAUUUGCCCGACAGGCAGCGGCGGGAGAGGAGCAGUCUUACCCCACACAUAGGACAAAGGAAACGGGGGAAAAUUUUAGGAAAAACACACGAGUGGAAGAAGAGAGGAUUGAAGAUGGAUAACUGUCUCAUCACACUCGUUUUCAGUGUUUUAAUGAUAGGUGGGUGCUUGGCCCGGGUGGUGACAGUGUCUUCUGGUCCACUGAUCCGGGUGGAGGGUCAGCCGGUGUCCAUCAGAUGUGAUGUCAGUGAAUACAUGGGACCUCGUGAGCAGGAUUUUGAGUGGGAGAUGUCCAGGGAUGCAAAGGCGCAGAGAAUAAAGAUCAUUUCCACCUUUGACUCCGGCUACUCUCACGCAUCGCUGAGCAAGCGCGUCGCGUCCGGCGACAUCUCUGUGGUGCGGCUCAAAGACAACGAGGUGGAGCUGAAGAUAGCGGAGGUGAAGUCGGUGGAUGCCGGCUUCUUCUAUUGCCAAACGCCGAGCACUGACUCCGUCAUCAGUGGCAACUACGAGGCUCAGGUCCAGCUCAUUGUCAUCCCCAACACCCUCAAGGUCUCCCCGCAGACCCCGCCCUCAGUCAUCCCAGAGGGAAGUGACAUCACGCUCUCCUGCAACGUCACCCGGGAACUCACCCAGCCCACCUACCUGUCUGUCACCUGGUCUCUGAAGAAGGGAGGAACAUCUGAGGAGAUCCUGACUUUUGGUCCUCAGGGAGGCGUGGUUACUGGGCAGAAAUACACCCGGCGCUACACUGACGGAGGCAUCCGAUUGGUUCCCGGGAAGAACGGAGUGUUUGAGUUGGUGAUUUCCAGAGUGACGACAUCUGAUGAAGGAAUUUAUGAAUGCAACGGAACAGAGUGGACACAUGAAAAGGGAGGAAAAUGGAUAAAAAUCGUGGAAAGUAAAAGAGAGAUGGGGACAGUUGCUGUUACUCCUACAGGUCAGUCCCUCAGCGUGACGUCUUCAUCCGCCUCCUCUCCCUCCUCCACGUCUAUGCUUCUUUCCCCCGGGGACACGCUGACCCUCCUCUGCUCCGUGGCCGUCGACAACCUGCCCUCCCUCGCCCUGGAAGUGACCUGGCUAGCCGACGGGCGCGACAUCAUCACCAUGGAACGCAGCGGGGUGGUGAUCUCCAACACGUCCUCGAGCGGAACGCCGGCGAAGCGGGGGGAGGCGAGCCUGGAGCGAACGGGAGCCGAGACGUACAGGCUGGCGGUGAGGGGAGUGAGCGGGGAGGACGAAGGGGCGUACGCGUGCCGUAUCCGAGCCUUCGUCGAGAAGGGAGGAAGGAGCGCGGGAGGAGGAGGGAGGUGGCACAUGGCAGCUGAGAAGAUGUCCAGCCCUGUGACGGUGAAGGUGUCGCAGAUCAAACCGAGCUUCUCGCUGACCCUCGAGCCCAUCCUGAGUCCCCAGAUGACCGCUGAACCCACAGAGCUGGCUUGUCAUGUGACCAACAUCACGCACCUCCCCACUGGAGGCCGACUGGGCGUGACCUGGCAGCACACCACACUUCCUGGUAUAGGGGAUGAACCUCAGGACUCGAAUCCCAUCGGUACCUUGGACGGCCAGGGGAACCUGUUGCCGGGGCCGACGUAUUCUGAUAGGCUGAAGAGCGGAGUGAUGUCACUGAGCAGAGUUCAGCCCAACACAUUCAAACUGCAAUUUCUGCGCUCACAGGAGAUCGACAUGGGCGAGUAUGCUUGCACAGUGUCAGCGUGGACAAUCAGCAGCCAGGGUGACAUGGUGAAGACUGCCGAGUACGAGAGUUCGCCGCUGACUGUUCGAUGGGAUACCAAACGUCCAUCUCUAAACGUGGUGGCCAAGCGCACCCGUGAAGCUUCAGUGGGUGGGGCUACCUUUGAGAUGAACUGCACUGUAUCCACUGAGAACCUCGGGGAGGCGGGCUACUCAGUGCUCAUCCAAUCACAAGACAAUCUGGGGAGCACCACGAGAACCAUCAUGACCCUUAGCCCCGAUAAUGUUGUGCAACACGGAGGAGCCACGGACCCCAACAGGAGAGACAGUCUGGUUCUGGCUAAGUCUGGUCCAAAAGAGUUUCGGUUUCGACUGGCAGGCGUCCAGUUGUCUGAUCGAGGUUUCUACUGGUGCGACAUCACCGCAUGGACAAAACAGCAGCCGGGGCAAGCAUGGACCAAAGCCACCAGCUCCGAGUCUAACAAAGUCAGGAUCGACUUUCAAGAAAAUGGCCCGUCCUUCGCCAUCGACAUCCAAUCAGACUCCAGCACUGUUUAUCCGUGGCAGACGGCCAAGAUGAAGUGUUCGCUCAGCGUCUCUGGAUCUUCACCAAAAACUGGUACAACACACUCGGAUGAUCUAGCGUACGAGGUGCGUUGGUUUUUCACCCGGCUGCGUGGCGGAGCGACGACGACCGAGCUGGCCAGCGUGGACCGAUUUGGCGUUGUGAAGAAAGAAGAUCGCAACUCAUCCAGUGAUAUUUCAAUAGAGCGCGAUGACACACACACCUACAUGCUGAACAUUCACGGCACUCAGGACAGUGACAGUGGAGAGUAUCACUGUAUCGCCACUCCCUGGUACCUGUCGGCCUCAACGGGAGCCUGGACUCAAGCUGGAGAGCUGACGUCAUCUCGAAUCUUCCUCACUGUCAGAUUUGCCGUGUGGGAGUCCCUAAAGUUACCUCUCUUGUAUGGUGUAUCAGCCUCAAUAGGUGUGGGACUCUUCUCUCUGGUCCUGGGUCUGGUUUGCGCCCAGUGCUGCUGCCGCAACACCACACACACUCCCCGCUCACGCAACAAACUGAUGGACCUGGAGAUGGACUGACAAACACUUUCCCCCGCACCCACACACUGCAGCGCUCACAGGAAACACCACGCACACAACAGACACACGCCCAUAGACGAUUUCUGGGACAGCCAGUUGUUUCCGGGCGACGGACGUUGGGAGUAAAAAAAAAAAAAAAGAAAGACUUUUUGGAAAUAGAUGCCUAACUGACCGAUCGCAGUGCUUUUAAAAGAGGUGCUCAGGAUGUUUUUCAGCUCUGCAGUGUUGGAGCAGGGGACUUUAACUCACACCGACUGGGAAAUAGCCUUUCGAGACUUUGUUUUUACGAAGAUCAAUGAAAAUCUGUGGCGCUUCCAGUGGUUUUCACACAGAUGUAUUUACUCCGUGUUAAAACCACAGCACUACGAGAAACUAUGAAUAAUCCAGAGUUUACUUUUUAAGGAACAGGAGGCUUAUGAGUCAUCACUGCCACUUGGGAAUAAAGGACCACUAAACAGAACUGCUGCCUCUGUAAACACUUGGGAUAACAAAUGAAGGGCUCAGGCUGGACUCUUUUUUUUUCUUUUUUUUUUCUUGCUUUCUUUUAAUGCCAAGGCUCCCUGCAAACUACAACCACCCUCGUUUUGGAGGAAAAUUCAAAGGAUGGUUGGAGUUGGAGCGAUGAAUAUUGCAUUUUACUCGUUUGAUUGAGCACUGUAUCUGCAUGAGGUGAAAUCCAAACCUCGACAUAUCCCUGUUAAGUCACAUGGCCAACCUAUGCUAAUGUUAUUUUGUAUUUGCAGCGACUUGACUGUUUAGGCAGCCUGAGCCGCAUAUCUGUGGAGACUGUGGAGGAACCAUCACGUUCUGUUCUUACAGGCAGUAGAAGUCGUAGAAAAGGAGCGUGCUUUCCACACGAGAGGUAUUGCACUACAACUACCAACCCAGAGUAUUCCUACUUUAACAAAAGGAUAAUAUUUACCUUUAUUCUCAAUUCUAGUUUUUUGAAAAUUAAGAGAUUUUAAAAAAUAUGAGAGACAUUUUUAAGCUUUACAAGGAGAUAUGCAGUUAGUGUGUUUGUGUGUGCGACAGUACUAUAAUACUUGGUGCCAAUCAUUGAACUAAUGGAGGUGUGCUUGGUUCAUUUUGCCAGAUCAACACUUGAACAGCCACUAAAAGUGGUGACAGCAAGCACUCUUCUUUUAUAAAUAUUCAGAAAUGUACCCAGCUGUUAUUUUGCCACAGUCUUGUGUGUGUUUCGUACACUGUGUGAGUGCUGUGCUACAGUAUGUGAGACAAAGAGUUGCAUGUAGUGUUUUAUAAUGCCAGACUGAUGUCAUCCAUGAGCAACACACAACUUUUCCAGGUUACAUUUUGAUGGUGUCAAACUUCUCCUACAUCCAACUUUUUUUUUUUUAACCAAGUUGAGAUUCCGCAAAUCUAGACUUUCAUGUGUUCACAGUGCAAGAAAAAUGUCUUGAGUGUGGGUGGUGCAAGAGGCUCACAUUGCUCAUAUGGUUUGCAGCUUCGUGUCUGUCAGCUUCAGGUUUGCUUUUUAUAGGAACAUUUCAACAUUUUGGGAAAUACUCUCAUUCGCUGUCUUGCUGAGAAGAUCAAUGUCAAUCUCAUGUAGCCCAGGUGGUUAGCUUAGCUUAGCAUUAAGACUUGUAAUGGAGGGAAACAGCUAGCCCUGGUCUCUUCAAGUGGAAAAACAAGCAAGAAAUAACAUGUUAAUUCAUAAGAUAAAAAGAUGUUAGAAGGCUUUUUUUCAUUUCAGAGAGAGCCAUGCUAGCUAUGCUCUUUUUGCUAAGUUAAGCUACAUCUCAGAGCUAUCCCUGGUAAACAAGCAUAUUUCUCAAAAUGUCGAACUCUUCCUUUUAAUGCGGCUAACUAUCUACAGAAAUCUUGGUUCAGAGAUUUCAACCCAAAACAAUGGAUGCGGCCCUCUCCCGAACAUUUUUAGACAUUUGUUUCUCUACUCUUUCAGUGAAAACCGUGAAGCUUAACUUGCACAGAAAAACAUAUCCAUAGAAAAAAUGACAAAUGACAAACCCAACGUAUAUCAGCUGACAUCUUAUCGGUCUCUGUGGUGUUUUUAUAGCAAAUGAAUGAACUUGUGGUGACUGUUGUAUCAUGUUGACUGCUGUGUGAACAUACACUUACAGUUUCAGCCACUGCACAUACACAGUGAGGAGGUUUCUCCCCAAACCCAGCAGGAUCCAAGCAGACCUGUUAGAUUUGUAGAAAGAUGUGCCAGGCUGCAUCUCCUCCUUAACUGACUGGGCUUUGUUUGAUGUUUUUGACAAGUAUUUUAAGCAAAUAUAAGAAAUGAAUGAGCAAUAUCAGAAUAUAGUCAUGUCACAGCUCAUGUAAAGCUGUGCUCAUAACGUAUCUUUCACCCUCAAUCAGAGCUAAAAUAUUCAAAGUUGAAGUGUAGUUUAAAACAGUUACCAGAUUGGAUGUGGCCAACACUGCAACUCCAAAUCCAUAAAUACUGCAUCUCUGACUGACAGUACUCUAAAGAUUUAUUUAGUAGUCACCCAAAUUUAUGACACAUUAUGCUACAGAGAACACCAAGAAACACCUGUACAAAUGUCGCUGCAUGCUUGUAUGUACAAUUGAGUCCAUAGUGAGAUUCUUUUGGCUCUACUAUAUUGGGUUUCAUUUUAAAACACUUAACAGCACUUUUGACUUCUGUUCUACUUUUUAAAUCGAAUUUGGCCAAAAUCAAAUUAACUGCGCAUUUCAUCCAGCAAAGGAAAAUUCUUAUUUGAUGACAUUGGACAUUCAUGCUGGUUCAUUUUCUUCACUUAGACACAAGUGGUCCAAAUAUUGAUAACAAAUGUGUGUUUUGGCUUGAUUGAUGGUGACAGUUAUUCCAGAAGCUUCCCCGUAGUCUUCAUACACCCACUCCACAGGUGUGUGUGCCUCUCUGUGAUCGUGCAUUGCAAUAUUCAAAUAUAGUUUUUGCAACUAAUACACACAUAGACCCCCCCCCCCCCCCCCCCCCCCCCCACCUCACAUACACACAUACACAUAUUCACACGUACUUGACAACACAGGUGACUGAUAGGGCUUUGUGCCAAAUGCUCUUAACAAUUAACACACACACGCACACAAAGUAGCAUUGAUACACACUACUGAACAUGCCACUGCAAGACUUCCCCUGUGUCUUUUUAU